GCACCAGCUGUUUUGUGCCGUCGUUCCCUUUUUCCACCUUUUUCCCUGGCUGUCUUGACCGGCCACCCGAAAAAUGUUCCGAAUUGGAUUAAAAUUUCCGUGCAACGGUCUCAAUCGAGUAAAUAAAGUAAAAAAACACGGGUACUCCAGACUCUACCUCACAGCCAGGUGUUAUGAAACUCGUGCUCGCAUAAAAUGUGAACCAGUCACUCCCAGCACUGCCAGGCUCUUCAAGGAUGACAAACUUAUGUCCAGAUUAUCUGGACAUAGGUAUUCAACCGAUUCGUCUAAAAGCGGAAAAUCUCGAGGGGGAGGACUGAUAACUGUAGGUGCGCUAACUCUCGGAACUUUAGGAGUAUUAGCUUUUGCAAAAAAUAAUCCAGAGUUCAGAGCAACACUUGAAGGAUGGAUACCUGGUGUGGACCGUACCAUUCAAAUCAUUUUCCAAGAGGAGGUUACUUACUUCGACUAUAUUCGUAACUUUUUCGAAGAUCUUAAGCAGUCGUUACUCAAGAUUAUUUUUGGAGACGAAAAAGAAACAAAAAAAGGAGGUGCGAUAGAAAUGAACAAAGGUCAGACUGCUAGAAAAUUAGACUGCACGAAUUUUGAAGAUUAUACACCUCCAAAGUCCGCUUUUACACCUCUGGUUGAAAAGAAGCCAGAACCCGUAAACGAAAAUUAUGCUGAAAUUAGAUUAAGCAAGGAAGAAGGAACAAAAAUUGAAGUUGUUGCUGAGAAACCGGAACCACCAACUAAGAAAGUUCCAUCAGAAUUGAUGCCACAGAAUCUUGUAGAAUUAGAAAAAUUAUGUGGUGAAGCUGCCGCAAAAGCGAUUUCUUCUUACAAUACAGCCUCGUGUGCAAUUCAAGAUUACAAUAAGGAUGUAAUUGAGGUUGUGGAAAAUACAGAUGGUAUUGACGCAAGCAAUAAACUAUGGGAUAGAUUGAAUGCAGCAACGCAGAAGAGAAAAGAGGCUCUUCAGGAUGCAGAAAAGCACGCCGGGGAGGCUUUAGCUUCAUUAAAGCGAAUGUACAAUCUCAUUGACGACCCUGAAUUUUCAGCCCCGAUAGCGGUGAAAACAGUAGCAAGAAGGAACGUCAAGAAAAUUCUAGAUGAUGUUGAUGCCGCUAAGAAAGCGUUCGAAAAAGAAAUGUUGUCUGCUAAUAUUACCGAGCGUUACUGGAAGCAGGUGAAGACAGCGCGGGAAAAUUUCAACGAGGAAUUGCAAAUUAUCUUCCCGAAUAUCAACAUCCACGAAAAGAAACUUUCUGUAAACGAAGAGGCCUUCGAUUUGUUCGUACUACACAUGUAUAACAAAGUUACUCAUUUGCAAAAAGAACUGAAUAAAUUGGAAAUAGUUGCGACCGCCAAAUUAAACGCAGCACUUAAAGCUUCGGGCGAUGAUGCGAAUAGCGAAAAAAUCAAUUCUCUCAUAUGUUUGGAAGUUGAAAAAGAAAAGCGUAUUCUUCAAGAAGCCUUCGAAAAAAAGCUCUUAGAAGAAAUGAAACACUUCGAUGAGAAGCUGCUGAAGGAACUGAAACUCCAGAAACAACUCUUCGAUGACAGCGUAAAAGAACAACUUGUCUUGAAAGACAAAGAAAAUCAGAGGUUGAUGAGACGAGCUUUAAGUGAACAGACCGAACGAGCUUCGUUGGAAUACAAACAUCAUCUUGCGGCUGUGAUUGGAAGGCUAAAAGGAUUAGAAGAAGCUCUCAAAGAGCGUAUUAAGCAGGAAAAAGGAGCUUGCGAUGCCCAAAUGCUGUGGUCAGCAUGCCAAGCCUUAGCUAGGGCAGUUAAAGUUGCACCUCCUGGAGCCCCCACAGAUCAAGCUGUUAGACCACUUGAACCUGAAAUUAUUGCAGUCUCGAAAGCAGCACCAAAAGAAGAUCCUUUAGUGAAGGCGGUCAUCGAAGGAAUUCCAGACGAAGCUACGAAGCGUGGAGUAUUUCCAGAAGAUGCUCUUCGUGAGAGAUUCCUCAAGGUAGAGAAGAUGGCGAGGAGGUUAGCCUUGUUGCCAGAAGAAGGUGCAUCGUUGCCGGUAUACCUUUUAAGUUACCUCCAGAGCUUUCUGAUCAUUCAAACGAUCAAUCCAAUUCCAAAGAGUGAACUCGAGGAUGCACCCAUCGAUAUUGAGUCUCUAAACACAUAUGACAUUCUUCAGAGGGCGAGGUACUAUCUUGAUCGGGGUGACUUUAAAAUGACCUUACGUUAUAUGAAUCUCUUGAAAGGAGCAUCACGAUGCAUCGCUAAGGAUUGGAUGAACGAAGCUAGAAUUCUUUUGGAAACACAGCAGGCUGUGGACGCAUUACUCGCAUAUGCUGGUGCUAAUGGUCUCGUUUUUCUUGGCGAUGCGGACACCUUAAAAAAAACUGGAGGAAUCUAGCCUAACGAUAGCGUCAUUCAUAUCGAGAAACGAUAAACAUACAAGGGAAGAGAGCCAAGCCAGCCAGCCUUACCUGUACAGUAAACAUCUUUUUUAGUAAAUUAUAUCCUUUAUGGAGCGAAAUAAAUAGGGUUAAUCCGAUUAAUUCAAGUUGACUGGUAAUUAGAAAAGACGUGGCUUAAACGCAUCUUUGAUUAAGAAUGAAUCAAAUCUUGUAAAAAAACAGCUUGAGCAUAAAAGAAACCUGAGGUAAAGAGAUCGUUCAUUGCGGAAACUGAAGUAGUUUAUACAUAUAUAAUUAUCUUUAACAAUUCAAUAACUUUGAACAACUAUUAGUUUAUUUCCCCUGACGAGCUGGAAAUUGCCAUUUUUUCUUCUCUGCCUCGAAAGCGUAAUUUUUUUAUUCAUGAUCGAGGAUCAAUGCAGCAUAAAACGAAGCCCACGGGACCCACUCACAUAGUCGAUACGGAUGUAAUUUGUAGGCACGUAAUGUGAAUUAUAAAUGUCGAAUUGCAUCUCACGUAGUUAAACUUGUCGAACACUCUACGUUUUAGUCCCUAUUUUGUAACGAAAUACGAAUGAGCGGCCAUGCAAGGCAAUACAAUUCUUGCUGUGCAAGAAUAUAGAGUAAUAGAGGUCCAGAAGAAACGAUGCUGUAUGAAAAGUGUUCCUCUUUAUUUCUUUUAUCCAUAACACGAUAAAACUCGACUA